AGAGAGGACUGUGCACAUAUACGAAGGAACGCAGCUGGUAUCGACUCGUGCAUUUAUAGAGCGCGCAACCCACAUUUUUCCAAGAGGCCAUUCAACGAAGCGAGUGGACUCGACCCUUCGAGCGCUAAUCACCACCAUGGCGGACGCUCCAAAACAGGAAACCAACCCGCCUCAGGGGACUGCCCCUGAGAGCAAAGAGGAGACAGCCACCGCCAUUCUGCGGCAGAAGAAGUCUCCAAAUAGACUCUUUGUCGAGGAUUCCACCACGGAUGACAACUCAGUGGCGUGUCUCUCAGAAGCCAAGAUGGAGGAGCUGGGGCUCUUCCGAGGCGACACCAUUAUUAUCCGUGGCAAGAAGCGUCGUGACACUGUCCUGAUCUGCUUAUCAGACGCCAACACGGACGAGACCAAGAUUCGCUUGAACAAGGUCGCCCGCAACAACUUGCGCGUUAAGCUCGGCGAUCUCGUUACGAUCCACGCAUGCCACGACAUCAAGUACGGCAAGAGAAUUCACGUCCUUCCUUUUGACGACUCGGUUGAAGGCCUGACCGGCAACAUCUUCGAUGUUUACCUUAAGCCUUACUUCCUAGAGGCGUACAGGCCCGUCCGGAAGGGGGACACCUUCACGGUUCGUGGCGGUAUGAGGCAGGUCGAAUUCAAGGUCAUCGAGACCGACCCGGCGGAGUUCUGCAUCGUCGCACAGGACACUGUCAUUCACACAGAGGGCGAUCCCGUCAAGCGGGAAGAUGAGGAGGCCAAUCUGGCAGAUGUCGGGUACGAUGACAUUGGAGGGUGCAGGAAACAGAUGGCUCAAAUUCGUGAAAUGGUCGAGCUACCGCUGCGCCACCCGCAGUUGUUCAAGAGCAUCGGUAUCAAGCCGCCUCGCGGUGUUCUCAUGUUCGGACCCCCCGGUACCGGUAAAACGCUCAUGGCGAGAGCAGUUGCCAACGAAACGGGUGCCUUCUUCUUCCUCAUAAAUGGUCCAGAGAUCAUGAGUAAGAUGGCUGGUGAAUCGGAGUCUAAUCUGCGAAAGGCAUUCGAGGAGGCCGAAAAGAACUCGCCAGCCAUCAUCUUCAUCGAUGAGAUUGACUCAAUUGCGCCAAAACGUGAAAAGACAAACGGAGAGGUGGAGCGUCGUGUCGUCUCACAGCUGCUCACGCUGAUGGAUGGCCUCAAGGCUCGGUCUAACGUCGUUGUCAUGGCCGCCACCAAUCGACCAAACUCAAUCGACCCUGCCCUGCGUCGUUUCGGACGAUUCGACAGGGAGGUCGACAUUGGAAUCCCUGACCCUACCGGCCGUCUUGAAAUUCUUCGCAUUCACACCAAGAACAUGAAGCUGGGCGAAGAUGUUGACCUCGAGCAGAUAGCGGCUGACACGCAUGGUUAUGUCGGAUCCGACAUCGCCGCGCUGUGCUCGGAGGCGGCCAUGCAGCAGAUCCGUGAGAAGAUGGACCUCAUCGAUCUGGAUGAGGACACGAUCGACGCCGAGGUUCUCGACAGCCUCGGCAUCACCAUGGAGAACUUCCGCUUUGCUCUCGGUGUCUCCAACCCGUCGGCCCUCCGCGAAACAGUCGUUGAAGUGCCUACUGUGACUUGGGACGACAUUGGUGGUCUCGAGAAGGUCAAGCAGGAGCUGCAAGAGACCGUGUCCUACCCCGUCGAGCACCCGGAGAAGUUCCUCAAGUACGGCAUGUCCCCAUCCAAGGGCGUUCUCUUCUACGGCCCGCCCGGUACGGGUAAGACGAUGCUUGCCAAGGCUAUCGCCAACGAAUGCCAGGCAAACUUCAUCAGCAUCAAGGGCCCUGAGCUGCUUACGAUGUGGUUCGGCGAGUCAGAAGCGAACGUCAGAGAUGUGUUCGACAAGGCACGUGCUGCGGCGCCUUGCGUCAUGUUCUUUGACGAGUUGGAUUCGAUCGCAAAGAGCAGAGGCGGCAGCCUGGGUGACGGCGGUGGAUCGUCGGAUCGUGUCAUCAACCAGAUCCUUACCGAGAUGGACGGCAUGAACAGCAAGAAGAACGUGUUCGUCAUCGGCGCGACGAACCGGCCGGACCAGAUUGACUCCGCCAUUCUGCGUCCAGGUCGUUUGGACCAGCUGAUCUACAUUCCUCUCCCCGACGAAGCCUCGCGCUUGUCCAUCCUCAGUGCCACGCUCAAGAAGUCACCCAUCUCACCGAAGGUCGACCUGUCAUAUCUUGCCAAGCAUACGCACGGAUACUCUGGUGCCGACCUGGCGGAGAUCUGCCAGAGGGCUGCCAAGCUCGCCAUCCGCGAGAGCAUCGAGGCAGAUAUGAGGGCAGAUCGCCAAAAGAAGGAGGCUGCCGCUACGGGCGGAGACGUCAAGAUGGAAGAGGACGCAGCACUAGAUGACCCCGUUCCCGAGAUCACACCCGAGCACUUCGAGGAGGCCAUGCGCUUCGCGAGGCGAAGUGUGUCUGACGCUGACAUUCGUAAAUACGAGUUGUUUGCGUCCAACCUACAGCAGACGCGGGGCUUUGGCAGCGCGUUCAAGUUCCCAGAAGGUGAGGGCGGCGCAGCGGGCGGCGCGAGCGGCGCGGCGUUCGGUGCGGACGCUGCGGAUGACGACGACCUGUACGCUUGAGCGUUAAGCCGUGUCUGUCCCUGUCUGGCGCUGGCGUGUACGCAUGCCGUUGCGAACACGACCCCGACUUGACGUUGGCACGAGCGCGAUGAAAUGUAAAGAAAUUGAUACGAGCCCAUUCUACAACCAUAUCGUUGAUCUC